AUGUCUGCCCCGCCUGACGCCCCUCCAUCCUACGCCGUGGCAACCGGCUCUUCCACCGCGUCAUCCAAACCUCAAGCGUCAUCACACCUCCAAGUACCACAGGCCAAGAAUGGCAUUCCCGCUGAUGCCCGCCGGUCCAUGGAAGACCUCCAGAGACCACUUCCAGACGGCUGGGUGAGGCAAUACGAUGCCAAAGAGAAUCACCAGUUCUUUGUCAACACCAAAGCAGACCCUCCCAAGUCCUACUGGGAGCACCCGUUAGACAUCCCCGAGAUAGUCAGCAGUCUAUCUUCAGAAGAGCGUGAGCGGUUGCAGGACCAAGAAAACCAGCUCCGUCAACACCAUCCCGUCUCUGCCGAACAUUCCGAAGAUGAAUCCCACCACCACAGCAGCGGCCCAGAGCUGCCGCCUCGUCCGGCGGGAUCCCACCCGCCGGGCGCAAGUGGUGCAAAGAAGUCAUUUGGUGAAAGGUUCAAGGACAAAGUCACCGGUAUGACGCACGAAGAACGAGUGCAGGACCGUCGAGAACGAGCGAAGGAGGAACAAGAAUAUUACGAAGCACACAUCCGACUACGGCAAGCGAUGCAGCGUGCGCAAAUGACCGGCCAGCCUCAAUUCUUCGCGCGGGACAGAAAUGGAAAGGAGAUCUAUAUCGAACCUCCGGGAGGUCCGGGCAUGGGCUAUGGUGGGUAUGGUAGAGGGUAUGGUGUCAAUCCCUACGCGAGUGGACCAUACUCCAACCCCAAUGCCCGGUUCAUCAGUCCAGGCUACCCCUACAAUCGACCAUAUGGGGCUUAUCGCGGUGGUGGUUAUGGUCUCCCCAUUGCUGGUGGUCUAGCCGGUGGUCUUCUUCUCGGUGGUCUGUUAUUUUAG